AAUAUCUCUAGCCCAGACUGGUCACCCUUAUUGAUUGUUGAUUUUGGUGAUGAAGAUGGGCUUUGGUUACGUGUCGAGGGGCCACCAUCAUCGCAAGCUAGAAUCAUCACGGUAUCAAUAUUUGAGCGUCACCUUGAUAGCGUGCUUCGUCCACUCCAAUCUGUCAACGUUAUUCAUCCAUCUACAGGUUUCAAGUGGCGAAAUGUGGCUAAAGGGUCGUACGUUGUGUACGCGUAUAUUCCGCGGCAUGAUUGCCUGCUAAUUUGUGACGAUGUUCCAAUAAGCUCUGUUCCGUGUCGCCUUUGUGCGCACACUGUCAUUAAUUUUACACUUCCUACUGAUCGAGCAAGUUUAUCAUGGAAAGGAUUGCGUCGAAUGCGUGACUCGAGCUCUUCUAUUUUGUAUGCUCUGGCUUGUAUACUGUUCGGUGUAGCAUCGUGUAGCAUGCUAUACUUGUUUGUUUUACGAAGACGGGCACGACACACACCGGUGCAAGUGCGAGAAAUUGAGCUACAGGAGAAGCCUUUGGUUCUUAUACUAUCGCCAGAUGAUUGUGCUGAGCACUCGGCAGUAAUACUUGCUCUCAGUCGGGUUCUUGAAAAACACGCAGAGGUCACAGUUCUUCUGGAUCAUCACGAGAUGAGUAGUUCGGUUGUUCGUCCAUAUCGCUGGCUUGUUGAUUCGAUUUGUCGUGCCUCUCGCGUAUUAAUUGUUAUAUCACCAUGCUCUCAGUUGGUACUCGACGGUCAAAACCUGCGGCAGCGACGCCCUUUCCCAGAUCUCUUCGUUCCGGCAAUAAACAUGAUUAUCAGGGAGUGCACACGAACUGCACUUAAGAAGUAUAUUAUUUGUCGUCUUCCUUAUUCUCCAGCAUCUCCUAACCAAUUGAGUAUGUUAGGGCUUCCUGAAGUGGAGGUUCCAACGGAUUUCCCUCGCUUGACUGCACUUAUUCAUUCGAUUGAUGGUGUAUAUGACCACCGAAUUCCAUGUGACUGUACUGCCUUAGAUGAGUUCAAUUGCGCUGUUGAGGCUAUGAUAGCAUUGAUGCAGAAGGAUGUAACUUGGAUGGAACGAAGGAUUUGUGCUGAGAGCAGUGUUGAUGUAGUGGAAAUACCUGAAGGAGACGUCGUCAGAUUGAAAACGGACCACGAGCGGGAGAGGGCAGCAGAAAUGUUUGGUCUAUUGCCACCGGAAGAAAAUGAGAUGGUGGCUGAUGACUCUGCAGAAUUUGCGCUAUUGCCGCCGGAUGAGGAUUGA